AUGGCGAUGAGCCACGUAUCGCAGGCUUCGGCGCCGCCGGCGCACGGGAGAGAGCCCGGUUCCAUGCGGACCGCACUCCCGUCCCGGCCCAUGUCGUCCAAAACCCGCGACAAUAGCGGGCCCAGUUCAUCAGGGGAUGCCCGGCUGUCUGUUGAUAACAACGGCUACGAUUCGCGGCGCAGCGACGGCAGCGCGUCGCCCAACUCCAAAGCCAGCCCGAUGAACGAUGGCGCCAGUUCUUCCAGAGGCCCUAGCCCUGCCUCGACGGUUGGCGAGGGAGGAGCGAAGUCUGGCGCCAGUCAGGGAGGACAAGUAUGCAGGUACGAUUUCGAGUUUGACGUCCGGGAGCGAUCACCUCAAGGUGCUACGAUAUGCAACGCCUGUGGACUCUACUUGAAAGCGAGAAACACUUCUCGGCCCACGAGUCUCAAGAAGCCCCCCAAUGUCGUCUCUACCGGAGCGUCGCGGCCAGUCCUUAGCAAGACCACAUCCAACUCCUCCGCCAAAGCCUCUUCGAACGUUAGCGGUGCCACCUACGUCUCAGCCGAGCAAACUCCGACAGGUACUUGCCCAGGCGGGGGACGCUGCAAUGGCACUGGCGGUGCCGAGGGUUGCAACGGCUGCCCUGCAUACAACAAUCGCGUGUCGAAGAGCGCACAGCUCGGUGUCAUGCAGAGGCAGAAAGGCUGCGGCGGCGGCCGAGCCGACCCGGAACGAAGCGAACCAACCCCUAUCGACGUCAAUGCCCUUCAACAACAAGCCCAGAGCCCCGAUACCACCGUCGUGAUCGCGUGCCAGAAUUGCGGCACAACAAUCACACCUUUGUGGCGACGAGAUGAGAGUGGGCACACCAUAUGCAACGCUUGUCUAUAUUACAAGCUGCAUGGGGUCCACCGUCCUGUCACGAUGAAGAAGGCCACAAUCAAACGACGCAAGAGAGUCAUUCCCGCUUCCCAAGAGGACGAGCACGACGAGUCUGCGGAUGACACUCGCAGCUCGGAGAGGACCCCAGAGAGGGGAACCGAAAACGAGGACGGCUCCAUCAAUCUUGGCUUUCGUCGCCGUCCAGAACACCCCGCCGCGAUCGAGCCCGAGCCCGUAAUGCGAUCGAGUGGCCAAAACUCACCGUUGCCGCUACCCUCCGCAGUUGAUCUGGCCGCAUAUCACCAGUCGCGCGGCUUCUCGCGAAACGUGGCAAGCCCUCUCAACGACGACAAUCGCCUGCCGCCAAUGUCCUCUAUGACGGCUGCCAUGUCGGAUAGACAGUCGUCGAUGUCGCCCGCCUCAUUUUUGUCACCCAGACGGAAGCGUUCUUUCUCGGCCACCGAGACCGAUGCUGGAAGCGUGACUGACGGAGGACACGAAGGCGCGAAGAGACUAUCAUCCAUUAAGUCCAUCUUGAAUCCCCAAUCUGGUCACGAUGAGCGGCCAGUUUCCAGGCCGGGCAGCGUCGAUAAGGGAGAGUACACCCUCCCUCCCCUUCGCUCCUCCGGGCCGGGGUUGGGGCCCGCCGGUAGCCCGGGCCCGUCAGCGACCAUGGAGCCCAGCUUGAACAUGAGCAAAGGGAACGAUACCCAGGGCUCGCGGGAUUUUGGUGAUGCAGAGAGGCUCAGAGUGGAACGAAGAUUGGCUGUUCAGAAAGAGGCGGACCGAAUCCGCGAAAUGCUCGCUGCCAAGGAGCGCGAGUUGAUGGAGCUGGGAACCGACUAA